GGCACCGUCAUCUUAGCAAUUGCGUCAUUACCAGCGUCACAACAAGACACGCACACUUCUUUUUAUUUACUUUUUCUUGAUUGGUCAAUUUACACAUCUCUCUUGCUUCAUCUGUUUGCUGCUUCUUGCUUUUCUCUAGGAAGUACAUAGAAUUUAAACGAGGCAGAGAUUAAUUCAGACGUGGGGCUAGUUUGCAGCUUUUGAUAAAAUCAUCUUUCUUCUUAGGCUUUAAGCUAUCUCUAUCCUCGACGAACAAACACGCUGAGAGCUUUCCUCAAUAUGCUCAACCAAUGGCAGACGACCACCGCGAAGCUCACCACUUCCUCCACCCUCAACCACCUCCAAUGAGACACCGCGCUACGUCACAGGCGGCGAACGGAGGCUGCGGGGAGAUAGUGGAGGUUCAAGGAGGACACAUUGUGCGGUGUCAGACGGGAAGGAAAGACCGUCACAGCAAAGUCUGCACUGCCAAAGGGCCACGUGACCGGCGCGUGAGGCUAUCUGCUCACACGGCGAUUCAGUUUUACGACGUCCAAGACCGUCUCGGCGUCGACAGACCGAGCAAAGCCGUCGAUUGGCUCAUCAGAAAGGCAAGAACUUCCAUCGACGAGCUCGCUCAGCUUCCUCCGUGGGAUCCCGCCGAUGCUAACGCCGCCGCCGCAAAUGCUAAACUCAGAAGAACCGCCGCCAAAACCAAAAUCUCUCCGUCGCCGCCGCCGCCGCCACCGCCGCAACAGCUUCAGUUCGGUGACGAGUCGAGUUAUCUCCCGCCGUCGAUGGAUUCAGAUUCGAUCGCUGACACGAUGAAGUCGUUUUUCCCGGUGGUCGGCUCUUCACCGGAAGCUCCUCGGAAUCAGGAUCUCCGCCUCUCGCUGCACUCGUUCUCGGAGGGUCCGCCGUCGCUCCUCCACCACCACCACAGCUCUGCUUCCGAGCCUGUUCUGUUCUACGGGCAGAGCAAUCCGUUUGGGUACGACACGUCGACGGGUGGUUGGGAGCAACAGUCAAUUCAGAGAGUGGUGAGCGGAGCAACCGAUACAGUAAACGGAGGAGGAGGGUGUCAGUACUUUGCUCCACCUCAUCAUCCUUCCACGACGUCGUUUCAGCAAGUACUCGGCCAAAGUCAGUUUUAUUCUCAGAGGGGUCCCCUUCAGUCCAGUUACACUCCUAUGAUCCGUGCUUGGUUUGAUCCUCACCACCUUCAUUCCAUCUCCACCGACGAUCUCAACCACCACCAUAUUCCUCCGCCGGUAUUCGCCUCAGGCGAAUUAUCUUCCGGUUUUCUCGUACCAGCACGGUUUCAGGGUCAAGAGGAGGAACAGCAGGACGGUCUCACCAACAAACCGUCCUCUGCUUCCUCUGUUUCUCGCCACUGUUAACAAUCGAACCAAUGUCCUCUUAUUCCAGGGGUUGUCAAGUUCACAUUCACAAUGAAAGCUUUGGCUUUAGAUUUUUCGGAACAGUGAAGGCGUUCUCUCGGUUUGUAUUCAGUGGCUCUCAAAAAAAAAGUUGUGGAAAGGAUUAGAGACUAGAAGAAGACCAAACAAAUGUGGUCCAUAAUUUCAGGUUCUUCUUCUUCCAAUGUCCUCGCCUUGACAGUUGUAAUUUUCAUCUUUUUCACCAGUUAGACAAGGUUCUGUAGCUCAAUUAUGGUUAGAUCCCAAGUUUUCUUCUGUUUUGUUGUGUCUGAAAAACUUUUUUUUUUGUUGUGUGUUGUAUCAUCAUCAGCAUCCUCUUGUUACUGCAAUAGCCAGAUGCAGUUCUCUCUUCUUGUUAUGUGUAAGCUCUAAUAAUAUUUCUCUUCAUUCUCA